AUGCGUUUUAAAGAUCUCGGCAUUGUAAUCGAGCCACAUGAAAUCAUACUUCGACAUGUUGUACCCAAUAAUGUUUAUCGUCAAACAAUCCAUGUGAAAAACGUUGGUAGCAAAAGUAAACGAAUAAAAUUGUUUAGACCGGCUAGUAAAGAUUUUGCAUUGACAUGCCAAAACCCAGAACAUCCUGUGCCACCUGGUCUUGAAGUGACAGGAGUUUUAGAAUACACAGCUAAAUCAUCACAAGAAAUUCGUGAUUCGAUUGUAGUUGAUAUUGAUGGGCAAGAAUUACCUAUAGCGAUUUCAUCGUUUCCAGCUCGUCCAGAAAUUACAGUUGAUGAAUCCAUUGAUUUUGGUAUACACGUGGCAGACAAUAAAACAGUCUAUAAGAAAAUUAUUGUACGAAAUACAGGUGCUGUCUCAGUUCCAUACAAAAUUGAGUACAAAGGUGAACACGCAAUUGGUUUCACUCCCCAAACGGCUGUGGUGGAACACGAUGGAUUCGUGGAAGUUGAGGCCUCAUUGCUCACUUCAUCUCAUGCCAUGCUCAUUGAUGAUAUAGCAACUUUAGAAGCGGCUAAUAAAACUCACACAAUUCGCCUUAAAGGAAAAGUAAUGCAUAGACGAUUGUGUUUAUUAAAUCCAAAAACUGACGAAGAAAUGCAAAUAUUAAAUUUUGGCUCGUGUUAUUAUGGUUGUGAUUUAACAGCCAUGGCUGUGUUAUACAAUGAUUCACCAGAAUCCGUUGCUUAUUCAGCAUUAUUAGACAGCUCAAAUCCAGCUGAGGUCGAAAAUGCAGAACCAUCUGGAACAGAAUACUCUAUAAAUCCAUUGAAUUCAAUUAUUGCCGUAUUUCCAAAUCAAGGUGUCUUGAACCCAUUUGAAAAACGUCCGUUAUUCUUUCGUUUUAGUCCACGAGCUUAUCAUCCAAGACAAGCAUUUACAAAUGCACUUGAUUUACCACCUAGGCGAGACAUAGCCGCUUUUAUGUAUUUUGAAUUAUUGGGUACUUCACCUGGUUUAUCAAAAAUUGAACAUAGUAAAACAAAAUUAGAAAUUGCUAUUGCCGGCACAGCAUUACCCGUCGUUUUUUUAAUUGAUCAAAAAGUGUUAACAUUUCCUACAACCUAUUUGGGUCAAAAACAUGAAAAAACCAUACAUAUCUAUAAUCAAUCUGAUCAUAAAACAGUUAAUUUUCGUUUUCCACCAGUAGCUAAUUUUGCCGUAACACCAGCAAGUGGAAAAUUACAACCACGAGAAAAGUUAACAAUAAUUGUCAUGUUUAUUCCGCAUCAAAUGGGUACAAUAACAAAAACAUUGACAUGUGAAAUCAUUGGAUCAAUGGUGAAUCCCGAUACGCCUGUCUAUGCAUUAUCUAAACCUAUCCAUAGUGUCACAUGUGAAUUAACUGGAAAAGCAGCGGCUAUCACUGAAAUUCCUCCAGAAAAAUUUAAUAUGGGUUUAAAACCGUUGAUAUCGAAUGAAGUUGGUAUUAAUAUAAAUACAACACUAAGUACAUUAAGACGUUUUCAUCCCAGAGCAGCUGUUCUCAAUUCUGUAUCUGAUUCAACACAUUCUCCAUUAGUAUUAAAACGGAAUUCAUCUGAAACAUAUCUGGAUAAAUUUAAAAAAUCAAAAGUUGCUUUUCCAAAUGAUCGUACCAGAAGUAUUCGACCAUUUGAACGAGGAGAUAGUUAUACAACACCAUUUACAAAGCAAGAGCGGUACAAUUACGUUGAUCCCGAUUAUUCUUACACGGAUCAAGAACGUGAAAAAAUUGAAGCACAUCAACAUUCAUAUGAUACAAUAUUUGAUGAAUCAAGAUUUAAACGUGGUGAAAAGAAACGAACACAAGAACAUAAAAAAUUUGAAAAUUUAUUGGAUAUUGGUAUUAGACCCGGAAAUGGUUUGCAAUCGCCAAAAAUUUCCAUAGAAGAUGUUGAAGCAUCUAUGAAUAAAAGCACUGCUCCUCAAUUUCCUAAUUGGAAGUGGAGAAUGCCAACAACGGGUGAAUUAGCCGAACAAGAGCAAACAUUAUUAAAUAAACCAAUCAAAGAAGGUUUAAGUUCUUUGCCAACAACUCAAAAAGAAAAAAAUGAUUGUGCCGUUCUAUUAUCUCCAUCACAGUUAUUUCAAGUUGUUGUUGGUCCACCUGAAUUAAAUUUUGGUGAAGUUGCUGUACAUGCACCAGUAACAAAGUAUUUAUCUGUAAUGAAUAAUCUCGAUCAAUAUAUUCAAAUGCAAAUCGAUGUUGAUUCUGCAUCAUUAAAAAUGACUUCUAUCCUAUGUCAAGUGAUUCCUGGCAAAUCUCAUGCAAGAUUUCCUAUUACAUUUGAACCUUCACAAAUUGGUCUAUAUCAACGUUCAUUAUCUUAUAUAAUUAAUGGUUUUUAUCGUCAUUAUGUCAAAGUAAUUGCUGAAGUACGCUCACCUACCAUUGAAUUAGGAACAGAUAAAUUAUACAUACGUUCAGUAGCACAUCUUACCGCCGAAGAUGCUUAUCGAAAAGUGGUGACGUUACAUAAUCCAUUAAAUGCACCAGCUGAAUUUAGAUGGACACCUGUUAUUGGUUCGAAAGGAACAGCAUUUUCUAUACGUCCAGCUACAGGUGUAAUUGAACCAUAUCAGGAUAUUGAUUGUGAAGUUGUUUGGUUUGGAAGUUGUGUAGCACCAUUGCAAAAUUAUUUUACAUUGCAUGUUUAUUCCACAUCGGAUGCUAGAAAAGUUUCUGGAAACAAUCCUUUAUUACCGAGUGAAUCCACUCAAGUUCUUCAAUGUAUUGCUCAAGUGGGUAAGGCAAAAUUUAAAAUACCAGAAAAACGUGUUAAUUUUGGAACAAUUCCCGUUAAUAUGACAUCAACAAAAUCAUUUACAAUCAUCAAUGAUGGCACAAAUCAUAUCUUUUAUCAAAUUACUGAACCAAAUCCUUGUCCCGGUGUUAUUGUUCGACCAGCAAAUGGUUUGGUGUCAAUUGGUUCACAUGCAAAUAUCAUAAUUGAAGUGACGCCGAUUGAACUAAUAAAAUUUGAUAUUAAGAUUGGAUUAAAAGUACUUGGUCAACAACAACAGGAAAUACGCGUCACUGGAGAAGUUGUUGAACCGGAAUUGACUAUUACAGAAAAUGAAUUCAAUUUUGCUGGUGUACCGGUAUUAAUGAGAGCAAGCAAACAAUUUCAUAUAGAAAAUAAGGGCGAUACACAGGGUGUAAUGGAAAUUAACUUAUCAAAAUACCCCGAUUUUAGUAUUGAGACACAUCCAGCAAUAGGAAAUGAAGAAUGUUGCUCAAAAAAUGGACAAAUCUACACUAUUAUUGUACAACCAAAGGAGACUGUUAAAGCUGCUCUCGUACUCGUUCCAGCUGAGAUAGCAUUUUAUGAUUUCAUGUUGCCAAUACGAACCUGUCCACCAUUAGUCGGUGUUGAAGGUUUAUCUCAGUCAUCAAAACCAUCGUCAUCAAUUCGACAAGAACGACGAAUAUUAAGUGCUAGUGAACAACAAGCUUUACAACCAUCUCGUCCACUUAUUCGUCGGCAUGUACGAGCAACAGCUCUAUCAGAAUGUUUGCAAGUUUCAACAAAAGAAUUACACUUUACGUUGUAUGGCGAUCAAUUUCAAGCCAUGAAACAAGGAGGUUAUUGUGAUUGUCAGGAGAUUCUAUUGAUUAAUAAUAGCAAAAAAAAAGUUUCAUGGUUACUUGAUCUUCGUAAUAAUGUCACAUUAGAUAAUGAUGUUUUUCGAAUUUUACAUUCCACAUUAAUACCAUUUAUUUCAUCACCAAAUACUCCAGGUCCCGAAGGUGAAUUAGAUCGAAAAGAAGUAUUUGCAUUCAAAGUGAAUUUUGUUCCACCUGUUCCUGGUAUUUAUGUAACACGGAUUCCGUUGUAUAUAAAUAAUAAUUUUGAUACGCCUUAUACAAUGAUCAAUCUUUAUGGUGAAGUCGUCAUGCCAACGUUAGUAUUUGAGCCACGAAGAGUAAUACUAUCGCCAGUGCCACUUGAUAUUGAAAGUAACGCUUGUGUACGAAUUAAACCGAAAGGAUUUGAAAAAUCAACACAGUUAAGUGUAAUUCAACCAGAAAAAUCACAACAAGACGCUCUGUAUGAAUUAAGUACAUCAUUUGUUGAUCAACCAUUUAUUAAUCCGGAUGAACUACAAGAUAUUGUAUUAAAAGUAUUCUUUACUAGUUCAAAAUCAAUAUCCGAAACUGUUAUCCUCAAAUUGACUGAUAAUGAGAAAAAUAUUUUUGAAUUGGAAGUGUGUGUUACAGCUGAUAAUUCAAUGUUUACAUGUUAUUCAUUUUUAUGGAAAUCUGAAAGUGAAUAUCAUAUUGUUGUACAACCGGGACAAAUAAUGAAAGGAAGUCGAAUAAAAUCUGAUGAAAGUCAUAAAAGUGGUGAACCAUUACUUGUUCAAAAACGUGCAAUAUCAAGUUCAAAUUCAAGACCCAAUACGAGCACAAGUGCUACAUUUGAUCAAGCAAAUGAGAGUGAAGAUACGUCAAGUGAAAAUAAUUCACCGCAAAAUAGAAAUGAACGCACGCCAACACCGUUUGCUCGUGUUCGUUCCGGUGCUAGUUCAGUGGGUGAAAAUAAUCAAAAUGAAUUGAAUGCAGCAUUACUACCCUAUUUUGAUAAUGACACUAAAACAUUUCAUUGGCUUGUGUCAAUAUUAGAACGUUGGUUUUCAAAUCAAGGAUGGCCGAAAGGAACAUAUCCAGUAAAAAUACCAACAACAUUUCGAUGGUAUGCUGCCGGAUUUGGGUUAUUCAAACGGCAAUUUGAAACCAUUGGCACAAAACAAAAUGCUAAAGAAGAACAAAAAACAAUCUAUGAUAUGAUCACACAUUUAAGUGGUCACCACUUGCCUGGUAUUCCACAAAAUUCUGUACCACCUAAGAAAAUGGAUGAGGCAAUGAAACAGUAUUUAUGGCAACAUCGAUUGUUACUGUUAUUUUUAAAAACUCAAGGAUCCUGUACAUGUUUCAUUCGUCCAGAAUAUCUUUUACCAUCUCAACUCUACAACGUUUAUGUUCAGAUGCGUGAAACAGCAUUAUCACCACACAUCAGUGAUAAUGAAAAAGAUAAAGAAUUUUCUAAAGAGACAGUAAAACCUUUACAUUUAUCUACCGAACUAUUUGAAACUGUAUCAAAAAAAGCGUGGGUUGAUUUACUUAUGCAAGUUCUUAAAAGUCUGGUUCUCGGUCGUAUAACUCCCAAAUCCUAUGAAAAUCUUCCGAUUCCUGAUCGAACUAAACCAUUACCACACUUCAAUCCUGAGCCAACAAUCAGUAACAUUUAUAGUAUAGGUGAACGUGUUCUAUUAACAUGGUUAAAUUAUUGUUUUUCAAAUUAUCGUGAACAAGUGUGGGCACACAGAGAACAGGGUCAAAUACCACCCGGUCGUUGGAUAGUUAACUUCGACGUUGAUCUAGUUGAUAGUAUAGUACUAGGCACUAUUGAUUCCCAUUUACAACGAAUGUAUGUUCAUCCAAUGACGGGUGAACAGUAUUUACAAAAUGCCUUAAUACUCGUGUCAGCAAUACAACUAAUCGGUCUUGAAUAUGAUAUUCAAGCAUUGGAUAUUACGCGUGCUGAUCCAAUUUGCAUGUGUUUAUUUGUAAUAUACUUGUAUGAACGUUUACCAGAAUAUCUACCAAAAGGAGUUGCACAAUUUUCUGGUGUUUUACAUGAAACAUCAACAUCUCAAGUUAAAAUUACAAAUCCAUCAACACAAACAUUAUCGUAUAUGAUGAUCGUUAUUGGACGUGAUGCUGCUGAAUAUUCAAUACCAAAAGGAAAUCAAGUCAAUAUUCCAGCUAAAACAUCAUCAUUUGUCACUGUACAAUGUAAAAAUAAACGUUUACGAGCAACAGAAGCAGUUCUUGUACUAUACGGCAAACGAUCAUCAAACUAUCCCGGUGUAGCCAUGGUAUUCAAUUUACAAGGUUCUAUUGAAAAAAUAACUCCAAAGAAAAUGCAUCGCAUCGAAGCACCAUUGUAUAAAGUGACAAAAUCAACUAUUGAAAUAACAAAUCCAUAUGAUGUUGAAGGCGAUUUUAAAGUAACAUUAGUUGAAUCAAAUGAAAAUAGUCAAGAGAUGAAAAAUCCACUAAUUAUGUCAGAAAAUGAUGAAUAUAAUUCUAAACGAGAAACAAUUGAAGAAAUGUUUACUAAUUUAAAUAGUAGAAAAAAAUUCAAACAAUCAAAAGAAAUUGAUUGCUUUUUUAUUCAAGAUAAAGUUGUUCAUUUAAAUUCACAUGAAACAAAAUCAUUUCAUAUUGAUUAUAUUGCAACAACAACAAAAAAACGUGAAGCAUUACUUAUAUUUAUGAAUGAACAAAUUGGAGAAUUUUUAUUCCUUAUCGAAGGUGUACCAAAAAAACCUGUUCCAUUCCCCGUCACAUCAGAUAAAGCUAUGAAAAUGGAUCAAAAAAGAGAGAUAUUAUCAUUAAAUUAUAAUGACAGAUGUUUACUUUUAGUUAAUGUUGAAAAGUUACGUUUUAAAGCUGUUGUUGGCACAUCGUCUGUAUUUGAAAUUGAUAUUCCUGUUCAAAAUAUUCAACGUCAACAAGCAUUAGUAGCCAUCAGAUGGCAGGGUAUGUCUGAAAGAGAAAGACAAAAACAAUCAUUACUUGGAUUAAGUCAACAAUUAACUGAUCAUGAUUUAAAACAAACAAGAAAAUCUGUACAUCCAUUUUCACGUAUGCCAGAAUUUAAAGUUCAUUCAACAUCAACAACAAAUUUUACAGUACCAACAAAUAUUAAUUUUCCACUUGAAGAAUUAACAAUUAAAUUACCUAUGAGAUUUCAAGCUGAUAAAUCGGGAAUAUAUUCGACUAAAUUGACAUUAUCAUGUGGUGAUGAUCUUCGUGAAUUUGAAAUUGAAGUACAUUGUACAGAAACAGAUGAAGAAAAACAAGCCGCAUCACUCGAAAUGAGAACAUCGGUUUUUGUUCCCGUUACUCAAAAUAUACCCAUUGCAAAUGGUACUGACGAUGAAUGGAAUAUGUCCAUCACAUUUACGGGUAGUAAAGUAUUUAAUGGACCUAAUUCGAUCAAAGUUGAACCCAAAUCAGUCUACCAAUAUCCACUGGUAUUUUCACCACAAACAGAAGAAGACAAUUUUCACUCUCAAAUGGUUAUUAAUAAUGUCGAUACAGGAUUUUCACAAACAUACAAUUUACGUGGUAGAGCAGAUCGUGGCCCACCAAUUGGACAUUUACAACUUCAUAGUAAAGUUGGAACAACUACAUCACAUUCAAUCGAUAUUAAAAAUAAAAAGGCUAAAAAAACAUGUUACUAUGUUACAUGUAAUCUACCAUUUGUUAAUGGACCACCGUAUGUUUGUGUACAAUCAAAGAAAAAUGCAAAAUAUGAAUUUGAAAUAUGUCCACCUCAACGAGGCGAUUAUAAAGGUGUUGUGGUAUUCAAACCUGGACCGUGGCCUAUCAAAGACGUUGAUUCUGAUGGAGAUGAAAUUCCACCACUUGAACCGGAAGAUUCAUCCGAUUUUCUUUACUCAUUAUGGUUUACACUCGAUGUUAAAGUUGAUGCACCAGAACCACAAUCAACUGUUAAUCUCACUGCACCAUGUCUAGUAAGAUUUGUACUCCUAUCGUAUUAUGAAAUGAUGGAAAUCAAAAAUAAAUUAUUUUUAAAGGGUUCCAACACAUUGGUAAUUCCAUUACGUAAUCCACUAGAUCAUACAAUUCAAUUAUCUGUUGAUCUACAAGGUUUAAAUGAUAUAAUGGGUGAAGAAUCCAUUGAAAUUCCAGCGAAUGAUCAAGCUAAAUAUGAACUCCAUUUUAAUCCUAGAACCGUAGGAAAUUGGACUGGAAGUCUGAUAUUUUUCAACGAAGAAAUCGGUGAAUUUUGGUAUGAAUUAAAUUUGACUAGUACAAAUCCACAAAAGAAAGAACUACAACCAAUGACAGCAGCAUUGGGAAGUACUGUUACACAAGAAAUAACUAUUGAAAAUCCAUUGGAUGAAAAAUUACAAUUUACAACAUUAUCAUCGAAUACUAAUAAUUUUUCAAUUCAAGUUGAUCGUGGUGAUCAAUUUACUGUGAUGCCUAAAAGUAAAACACAAAUACCUUUUGUAUUUAAUCCAUCGACAAUUGGAAAUAAUAAUCAUUUUUCAAAAUUAUCAUUUGCUAAUGAUAAGAAGCCAGAUCAUUUUCGUGACAAAAAAGUGAUGAAAGAAAUGCAAAAAACCGAAUAUAAGUAA